CCUCACAUGCUUUUUUUAUUAAAAUAUUUAUAAACACAGACACCAAUUUAUUUAUUUAUUUGGCGGUGACCUAAUACCCCAAAAUCCCCAAAUUAAUUUCGCCCGAUUCUCUGCCAUUUUGCAUUUCUUCAAAAAUCAGACUACAAAUUACAUACUCGAUCCGAUCGGAGAACGGAAAAAACAUGGCGUCUUUCGCAAGCAACGUCGCCCGCCUUCAAAACUUGCUGCCGGCGCCGCCGUGCUGCUCUUCCUCUGCCGCCGCCGCGGCGGUGAAAUCUCUUAUUUUCAAGCCUAUCUCCGCCGCUGCCCCCGGGCGACGGCUCCGUGCUCUCAGCGUCUCUUCGUCGUCUCAUUCGUCCGUCUCCGCCGCGCCUCCGUCGGUCGGAGACGAUUCCGGCAUGGACGCCGUCCAGAGACGACUCAUGUUUGAAGACGAAUGCAUAUUGGUCGAUGAGAAUGAUCGAGUGAUCGGCCACGACACCAAAUAUAACUGCCAUCUUAUGGAAAAAAUCGAGUCCGAAAAUCUGCUGCACAGAGCAUUCAGCGUUUUUCUUUUUAACUCAAAACACGAGCUUUUGCUUCAGCAACGAUCCGCGACGAAGGUGACGUUUCCAUUGGUGUGGACGAACACUUGCUGCAGUCAUCCAUUGUUCCGCGACUCCGAGCUUAUCGAAGACGACGCUCUCGGUGUUAGAAAUGCUGCACAAAGAAAGCUGUUGGACGAACUGGGCAUUCCCGGCGAGGAUCUCCCUGUCGAUCAGUUUAUUCCAUUAGGCCGUAUACUUUACAAGGCGCCGUCGGACGGCAAAUGGGGCGAGCACGAAUUGGACUAUCUUCUCUUCAUUGUCCGCGACGUUGCGAUGCAGCCGAAUCCUGAUGAAGUAAACAACGUCAAAUACGUCGACCGGGAGGAGCUGAGGGAGAUCUUGAGAAAGGCGGACGCCGGCGAGGACGGCGUGGUGCUGUCGCCAUGGUUCAGAUUAGUCGUCGACAACUUCUUGUUCGAGUGGUGGGAUCAUGUCAAGAAUGGGACUCUUAGGGGAGCUGCGGAUAUGAAGACAAUCCAUAAGUUAUAAGUUAGUUACAACAUAUGUAGAAAUAAUGUAUGUUAUUACAGAUGUAUUUGUUUGUCCGAAUAAAAUCGUCGUUUGGCUGUGGUUAUUGUCCCGAAACAUUGAGCUUCGGCACAGAUACUGAUUAAAUAAUGAGUGUUUGAUCGAGA